UGCAUCCCCCGGCCCGGGAGAGUGCGCGGAGACCGCGUUUAGAGGAUCAGUGGCGGCGGCACCCGCGGCCCCGCGCGGCGGGGACAGCGGGCAGCACCGUGCCUGGAACCCCUCCUGCUCCGGUAAGGCGUCGGUUUCGUUGGGAGGGACAGAGAGCGAGAGGGAAUCUUGCGCAGGCAGAGGCCCGAUUUCUGCCGCAGAGUGGGGAGAGUCCAAGACCGAGGCUCGUGGAAGGCUGGGGUGUCGCAGGGUCCGGAAUUCCAGGCGGCUCCGCUGCACAGGUGGGCUUUGCGAUUCAGCGGCCGUUGGCAUUGUCCCCCUUUACUUUCUUGACCUGGAAGUUUGUCCCAGGCACAGCGCACAUCUUUGGAGGGGGAGGGGGCCAUUAGCAGCGGAAUCUCCCUCCUCCCGUCCUUCUUUCUGUGCCCCCUCCCCCAAUCCAUCCAAAGUCCACAGGGUCCGAGUCCUGGGCGAGCCGAAGGUCUUUCUCCCGCAGAGCACUCUCGCAGAGUUGCUUCGGGCGGUUUCCUGGUGGGGGCGGGGAGACCGGAGGCGCGGCGCUGGCUUGGGGGGAAGGAGUGGACCGGGAAGCGCCUCGGGCAAGGAGUUGCAAUCCGCGAGAAAGUUGUGAGAAAACUGAGAUCCGGAGACAACGCUAACGUUCAAAAACAAACGACUCUGCGGGAAACCGGGGGCUCCAGCGGCGGCCGGGGGUUGGUGGUCGUGGCGGUGUGAAGAGGGGAGGCGGAAGGGGGUGCCAGGACGCCAGGGAGAGGCUACAGUAGAUGGGCGUGCAGUUUAUGGGCAGCGUGUGCCCGGCUUCCAGUCCUCCCCUGUCCAGGCUUCGGGUUAGCACCAGCUUCCCCAGAUCACAGCAGACCACACCCUCCAUACUUCACUCCUCAGGUGAACCCGAAAUUCCCUAACCCCGCUCUGGCUGGGAACCCUGGACCGCCGCCCCUGGGUGUGCAUUUGCUCAGAGGUGGCGGACAGAUCCUGGUCUAGAGUGCCUUCGUCUGGAAGGGUUACUCUAGUUCUUCGGAGCACUCAAGUCAAACCCCAAAUUCCGUUUCGACCACACCUGUUCUGGGUGGGCUUAACCAGGAUUUCUCCUGGAGUCUGAAGGUGGUUGGGCUGGGCGGUCCCACUUUUGCUGCCCGUUUUGGUGUUUCGGGGGAGGGGGUGCUAAGAAGGCGCGUUUGGCUCGAACAUGGAAGGCAAGGAGGGUGGGCGUCCCUCCGGAGCUGGCUGGUAUUGUGGAACCGGUCUUUGGACCCCACUCGCGGUGCGCAGACCACACGGAGGCUGAAACGGGGAAAAUGCUCGAGGAAGCGCCGUCGCAACGAGCCCGCGCUGGCAGGGAGUCCCGCUGUGCCAAUGGAAUACCCUCUUCGGACGAACCGGGAAGCGGCUACAGCGAAUCUGGCUUGCGCUCCGCGGGGCCGUGGGGCUUUAGGGCUCUGCCAACGCCCCUUUGCUGACUCCGCCCGCACCGCCCGGCAACCCCGAGGCCCACAGGCAGCCCCCGCCUUGCCGCCGGCGUCACCAAGUCACUGGAAACCGAAGCCGCAGAGACCCGCUGUGCGACUCGUUGGCGUUCUGCCCCGAACGCUGGGUGCCCGGGACCCUAACGCCUUCUCCACAGCUUCUUGCACAGACACUCGCGGGCUCCCAGCUGCGGGCCGGAGGGACGCAGGGGACCAGUCAGCUCCCGCGCGCCGCCCGUCUCCGCGGGUCUCUCCCAGGUCCCGGUGCGGGGCAGGGCAGAGGACCGAGAAGGCCGUUCUCCGACCCAGCGGGCGGGCUCCGCGGGCUCGGACUGGGCUUCGCGCUCCUCCUGCGGACCCGGCACUUCCUGGCGGAAGCCGACCGGUAGUAGGUGGGAUUCGGCCAUCCCCGGAAACGCCGAAAGCAGCCGCGUGGCACGGGGUCUUCGCUUCCUCCGCCGGGACCCCCGGGCGCCUCCCAGCUUGCUGCGCGGCGUGCGGCCUGCGGCGAGGGGGCCCAUCCAGCCCGGUUGUCCUCACCCUCCUUCGGUCCCCGCAGCUGUCCUGGUUCUCGCCGCCAGCGCCUUCGACCCAAGCGCCCCUUUCUGGAACCUCUAGUAGCCUCAGUCCCGGGUGGCUCGCCUCCGCCCCCGCCCCAGCUGGGCUACUUCUCAUGCAAAGCAGAGGGGUCGCAGCGGAGUGUGGGGCGGUCAGUGGGACCCGCCGGACGACAGCUGGACCCGGCUGCCGGCCCUUCCUCAACCCGAGGCCUGUCACCUCCCUUCGGUGGGCAGGAGGGGGUUGCCCCAUUCAUUUGGGGGUGAGAGAACCGUGGGACCCAGGUGUCGGGGAAAGAAGGCCCCUCCCACAGCAGACCCGCGAGGCAGGGGAGUUAGGGUUAGCCCAGGGCGCUCGCUCUAGGGCGUGGGGCUCUGUUCGUCCUUUCGUCCAGAUGGCUCAGUAAACAGGUCCGCAGGAGCCAACCCUGGCGUCUACAGGGGGUCCGGGAGCGCUACGCAGAGUGCGCCUCUUGGCUCCUGACUCUAGGUUUGCAGUCCAGAUUUAACUCCUCCACGGGGACAGCACAUCAGACUAAUCGUGGCUUUUGUUUUCGUUUCCAUUGAGCUUUUAUUUUAAAACAUAAUCGGUCGCAGGGACAUGGAGAGAAAACUGACCAGGCUUUCUCAAUUCGCCAUCUCCGAAGCCGCUCAGCUCAGCUCUGCAUUUAAGCCGAUGUCCGUUCAGCGAAGAGCACCAACCUUCCCCCCUCAUCUUCGCGGCCACACUUACCGUCUGCAUCCUCAACUACACGAGCGCAUUCCUACCCAACGUCCUUCAAGUCCCACAGCCCCGCAGCCACUUACACCGCCCGGGACCGGUACAUUCUGGACCAGGUGCUGAAGGGGUCAUUUUCACUGAUAGCUCAGUGAUUGCAGAGUCCUUUCCACCCUCCUCCCAGGCACCCCCGGAUACGGCCCCAGAGGGCCCAAGAGGUGGCUUUCACAGUCCAGGUCUCUCUUCUUGAGAAGCUCCUUGACGAUCAUCCCCAGAGGGACCCUGGUCAGAACCCGGGUUGGAGAGAGGGUUCUGUGUCAGCCCUCCCCAGCUGCCCUGCAGUUUGGAGAGCCUGAAGGUGCCCCUCUCGAACUUCCACCUCUUUUCCUUCCCCACCCCCACCCCCCACCCCACAAGGUUUCGGAUUGACGCUCGGCACUGGACCGAGCCUGCUCCGUCACCCUCGGCUGCUAUAGAUCCCAAGGGUGGUGGCCGGCCCUGGCCAUUUCUAUCCUCUCCCUUCGGCUCCAGACCCAGCCCAAGGCCCGGGUGAUGAGACCGCGAAGGGAGGUGCCUGGGGCGGAGCCGGCUCCAGGAGGUUACCCCAGGCUGAGUACACACCCAGCUACCCCGUCCCGGAGGAGGGAGGAAGGAGCCAGCCCGGAGCACCCCGGGACUCUGCCGGUCCCAGAGGCCACGCAAACUUUGCCCAGACUCAGUGAGGCCGAGAGGGUCAGAAGCAGCAGCACAGGAUUCCUAGACAAGCAGUGUGGGGACCCGGCUCUGCUGUCCCCGGCCUCUGGUAAGGGCAUUUAUCCUUCCCGGGCCUCAGUUGUGUCAUCUGGAACACGAAGGGGUUCGGCUAAAUGAUUGCGGAGGUCCCCUCCAGCUCUGACCUCCUCUGACCGAGUGAGAUAAUGUGUGAAAACACUUUGUGAACGCUAACACCGGACGAAUGCCAGCGAUCGUUACUACGAUUCUAAUCAAUCCGCUUUUCUCCACAUGGAUCCUGGCUGUUUAGGGCCAGCAGGCAGGCUAAAGAGAGCUGAAAGUGAGAAAGCUUAGCAGAGAUGGAAAAGAUCUGUGCCGUGGACGGGAAAAAAAAAAACCCCUGCAUCUCCAGAAACACUGUGUCUCUGUGUGCUCCCUGAGGCCUAGUGGGAAGGGCUGGGGAGGAGAAGCCUGACUUGAGAUGACCCAUUUCGGUCUACAUGGUGGCAGAGUGUGUAUUUCUUCAAAAGCGUUAUUGGUCUCCAAGUGACUGACGUGGGAACCUGAUGGGAAGGCGAUUUGCAAUUGUUUUUUUCCAGGAAGAAAAGAAAGAGCAAGGUAUAGCUGAUUAGCAAGUUAAUUAUUUCAGUACCCCAAGGGUUCCAGUGUGGUGGUAAGUUGUCCAGCCCUGGUAUAAUUUCACAGUCCGUGCAUUUCCUGGUGAGCACGUGGGGUGCCUGAGUCUGUCUCUUUCUCCAUCCACCUGCCUUGUCUCUUCCUGACAUACCUGGAGAGAUGGGCAGGGGCUGGGGAGGUUGAUGGUACAGGGUGCACAUUGGGCCACAUUGAGAACAGGGUGGAGGAAGCCCAACUGAUGCUAUCUACCUCCGCUGAGUGUUUAAUUAUCUGGCCCUUUCUUCUUUUAAAAAACCUUUUGUUUAAUAAAUAUUAAUGAGCUGGUUAUCAGAAAGUGGAGUUGCCAAGAGGUUAUUCCCCCAGUCUUAGCAUGGAAAGAAACUGGGUUUGAGGAGCCUUUCAGCCCCUCACCGCCUCCUACCCGCGCCUCUAGCUCUCCCGUGCUCGCCUUCCACAGCAGCUCCUCCAGUCUGACUUCAAGAUUGGAUUUCCCCUUGGGGGAGGGGGAGGGAGGGAGGAUUGUGUGGUCAAAUGGACACUUCCCCUCAGAGAGAUAAGUUGGAGAUGUGAACGUUAGCCUCAAGAAUUAACAGCCUCUGCUGCUCUCUGCUCUCGGGGCUGGGAGGGCCAGCCCCCUGCUGCUCCUUCUGAGAUGGAUGAAGGCAGGGCUCCACAGUUUACUUAAGAGUGGUCCCAUCUGCUUGGACUGGCCUUUCAUAAGGGGAGGGAUUUAUGCAGUGUCCUUGUGCACAGACCCGGGAUUUGGCUGAAAACCUUGGGCCUCUGAGAAUAUUACUGAACGCUAAAACGUUCAGCCACGGAGAUGAUUCAUGAUUUUGUUUGCAUGGACAGGGUGUGUGUGUAUGUGCAUGCGUGUGUGUGUUUGUUGGGGGGGUGCACGCACACUGACGGGUGCUUUUCACCAUUCUCACUUUGAAUCCAAAUGUUAGGAAACUUUUUUUCUUCUGUAUUCACUCAGGAGACAGCCCAUGGCGCCAGGCUCUGGAGAGCCUGCUUCCUGACUUCAGCGGGGUGAAGAUGAUACAAUACUUUCUGGUGCUGACAUUCAGCUGUCCCCCAAGCAGGUUGGCUGAUAGCCCUGCAGGUCCUUGGAGAGGGGCCGGGGGCUGUCUAAAAAGAUAGUUUUGAUGACUGCUUCGUUGCUGGUGGCAGAGGAUUUGGGGCAGGGGGUGGAGUAAGUCCAAUUGCUAUUUAAGUUGGACUUGGCCUUGUUUAUUUCACAGUCCUAAAGGGUCUCCAUAGAAGAAAAAGUAGCAGGACAAACUUAGAACGCAGAAAAGAAAGCAUAGGGAAGAGUUUCUUGUCUUAAUCUUGGUAGUGCUGUAAGCCCAGGGAUGAUUACAAACAGAUCCUAGGGGACGGGCGCCGUGGCUCAGGCCUAUAAUCCCAGCACUUUGGGAGGCCAAGAUGGGAGGAUUGCUUGAGGCUAGGGGUUCGAGACCAGCCUGGCCAACAUAGUGAGACCUCAUCUCCAAAAAUUA